AUGCAAUUAUCUUACCUCCUCGUCAUCAUCUUCGCCGUGCUCACACCAUUCACUAAUGCCGUUUCUUGCCUCGUGGGCGGCUCUCACACCUUGAAAGCGGUGGAUGGUUUCAAGAGCUGUGUGAAAACCUAUAUCUAUUCCACUACAAUUUACUGGUAUGAUGGCUCCAAUGAGUAUGAUGGUUCCCAGGACUGUCUUAUGGAGUGGAAUGAGGACGUUGAGAAUUUCUUCCGGAGUUGUUACUGUGACAAUGUCAAUUUUUGCAACGUCCAGAUGGGGUCGGAAAAAUUCUAA